AUGGCUUCAUCCGACAUCAAGGAUUUCUUCCGGCAGAAGAAGAGAGGCGUUUCCAAGAAACCCUCAUCCUCCUCCAGGAAGAAUUCCGGCAAGUCAAGCAUUGGCACGAUCUGUCUGCCGGAGCCCACAGACACCCCAGCCCUCAUCGCCCAUGGCAAGUUUGAUCUCCAAGAUUCGGAAAAUUUCAAAGGGGAUGGUGACGAGAAACUGAGGCAAUUCGACAUGGAGAUGCGGUACGGGCCCUGUGUCGGGCUCAGUAGGCUCGAGCGCUGGGAGCGGGCGUGCUCUAUGGGACUUAAUUCACCACCAGAAAUCGGAAAUCUUCUCCGAAGCUUGUCGGGAUCAAAUCCCAAGCUGGAAUGCCUUUGGGAAGGUAGGGUUUGAUUCCCAAAUUUGGAAUAGCUGAUCUUUGCUGUAAGAUCCUA